UGAUGUUUUAACUAAUAAUACUGAAAAUAAUAAAAAGUAGUAUAUAUAAUUGAUCGGAACGAGAAUGUAUCGAAACGAGAUGAAGCCACCAAAUCCUUCUUCUUCUUUCAGAAAAAGUCCUCGCCUCUCGCCUUACCUUUUCUCUUUGCUAGCCUUCAUCGUGGUGGUGACGAUCCUGUACGGCGAGGAUUUCCGCUGCAUACUCUACCAGCUCGACUCGGGAACCAAACCGAACCUAUCCAGUAUAUCGAAAACGAAGAAGAACAGUAACAAUGAGAAGGUAGCGUUUGCGGUGAGGAAAACUGAUCAAGGUGGAUGUGACUUGUUUAAAGGAAGGUGGGUGUGGGACGAGUCGACUCGGCCGCUCUAUGAAGAAUCGGAGUGUCCGUACAUACAGCCACAACUCACGUGCUUGGAACAUGGCAGGCCGGAGAGAAAUUAUCAGUACUGGCGGUGGCAGCCGGAUGGCUGUUCUCUUGCAAGUUUCAAUGCCACAAUGAUGCUGGAAGCACUUCGAGGGAAGAGAAUGAUGUUCGUCGGGGAUUCUCUGAAUCGGGGUCAGUACGUAUCAAUGGUCUGUCUUCUCCACUCUCUCAUACCUGACCACUCCAAAUCCAUGGAAACUUCUGGUUCCCUUACCAUUUUCACGGCCAAGGAUUACAACGCGACCAUUGAAUUUUACUGGGCACCAUUCCUAUUGGAAUCGAAUUCGGAUGAUGCAGUAAUACAUAGAGUAUCUGACAGAGUUGUCAGAAAAGGUUCAAUCAACAAGCAUGGUCGGCAUUGGAAAGGAGUUGAUAUCAUGGUGUUCAAUACCUAUCUUUGGUGGAUGACUGGCCUUGAUUUCAAAAUUUUGCAAGGUUCUUUUGAUGACGAAGUUCAAGACAUCGCGGAGGUAUCGACAGAGGUCGCUUAUGAAAUGGGAAUGAAGAGUAUGUUGAGAUGGGUGAAAUUGAACAUGGAUCCUAAUAAAACAAGAGUCUUUUUUACUAGCAUGUCUCCUUCACAUGCAAAGAGCAUAGACUGGGGAGGAGAUCCAAAUGGCAAUUGCUACAACGAAACAACGAUGAUCGAAGAUCCACAAUACUGGGGAUCGGAUACUAGGAAAUCCAUAAUGCAGGUGAUUGACAAAGUGCUGAGCAGAACUAAAGUGUCGAUUACAUUUCUGAACAUCACGCAGCUAUCAAGUUAUCGGAAAGAUGCCCAUACAUCUAUCUACAAGAAGCAAUGGAAUCCAUUAACCCCUGAACAGCUAGCCAAUCCCGUAAGUUAUGCAGAUUGUGUGCACUGGUGCUUACCGGGCCUUCAAGACACUUGGAAUGAACUUCUGUUUCAUAAGCUUUUUUAUCCUUAACCAUUGCAAAAACAUUCAUGAUUCAAUGUUAUUAAUUUACAUGAGCUAGGCAUUGCUUUAUUCAAAGUUUAUUGUUUCAA